AUGUUAGAGAUUUUGGCAUGGGAGAUGGGGGUCUCUGAAUUGGAAUUGAACUGUUAUCGUCGAUUGACUGAGUGCAUGAAGCAAAAGCGUCUAUACAACUUCCAAGCUUUCAACGGUAAGGUCCACAACCGAUGGCCUUAUAAAUCUGGCAACAACACCCCUCCUUGCCCACCAAUCAGCCCAACUGGGAGGGCCCGAAUUUUUUAA